CGCCUUUUUUGACGUCGAAGAGUCGAAGAGCACUGAGUCACGGCACUUGCCCGUCUUGGAUGACAUCACGUAUCAUAUGGUGUUUGAUUGAUUUGUUAUUUAUAUUAUUAGCCUAUAUGAGCCUAUGGGUUUUUCGUUUAUAUAUAGUUUUUGACCUUUCAUGUAGAUCUCUGUCAUUUUGUAUCGUAUGAUGUUCAUCGUAAACUUUUUUUUAAUCGUUAAUAAAUCGUAGGGCGUUGUAGAAGCUGAUUUUAUCUAUCGACAGUCGACCACUUGUCAAAUCAGCGCCUGUCAUUUUUCGUCGCACGGUUUCGACUAUGGCUAAUCACGAGGAGGAUAAGAGUGAGGGAGGUUCCGCCGAGGUAAAAGUCGAAAAUGAGGGAGAGGAAUCUGAGGAACCUGAUAAGAUUAUGAUUAUAGAUCCCGAUAGCGAAGAAUUAGAUUUCAAUCACUCGAGAUUAACCAAAUUGGAGAAUCUAGAACCACUAACGCAAAUACGUAGAUUAUGUUUCACCUGGAAUCUAAUAAAAAAAAUAGAAAAUCUUGAUACACUCACUAGUUUGGUUGAGUUAGAAUUAAGAGAUAAUCAAAUAAUGACUAUAGAAAAUCUGGAUGCUCUUAUAAAUCUAGAACUUCUGGACUUAUCAUUUAAUCGCAUUAAGAAGAUAGAAGGAUUGGGCAAUUUAUUAAAUUUACAAAAAUUAUUUUUGUCAUCAAAUAAAAUUUUACAAAUCGAGAAUGUUUCGCAUCUAGUGAAUCUUACAACAUUGGAAUUAGGUGAUAAUAAGAUACGUGAAAUUGAAAAUUUGGAGGGUCUCGAGAAGCUGACCAAUUUGUAUCUGGGUAAAAAUAAAAUUAUCAAAAUCCAAAACUUGGAAAGCUUGAAAGACCUCACAUUAUUAAGUCUACAAAGUAAUCGGAUUAUGAAGAUUGAGAAUAUUGAGGAGCUAAAAAAAUUGGAUCAAUUGUACUUAUCGGAAAAUGGUAUCACAUGCAUAGAAGGCAUAGAAAAUUGUCCAGGAUUAACGACAUUGGAUUUAGCUAACAAUAAAAUUAAAAAGAUUCAAAAUAUGAAUCAUCUUGAAAAUCUUGAAGAAUUCUGGAUGAACAAUAAUGAUAUCGAAGACUGGAAUACAUUGGAGAAUUUAACAGCCAACAAGAAAUUGCAGACUGUAUAUUUGGAACAUAAUCCUAUCGCGAAGGAUCCAAACUAUAGAAGGAAAAUCAUGCUAUUGUUACCAUGGCUUGAACAGCUGGAUGCAACUCUUUGCAAGAGAAAAACGGGCCAAUGCAGAGAAUAACAAUGAGUAAAAUAUAAAAAUUACAAUUAAAAAAAAUAGUAUAGUAAAUAAAUUGUUUAUGAAGGCUCCAUGUAAUGAAAAUCCAGACAUUGCAUUGUUACUUUCUUUUGCAGUAUUCGAUACAAUCAUUGUAUAAAGGCUUUGCCAUGUAAUAACAGUACUUAUAUGUAUACUAAAAACGUGCUCGAUGUUAGGCUAUUAUAAAACUAUUCAACAUCGAGAUUUAUUAGUUUGCUCUUCGAAAACCUCUUUUUUUUAUGUAUUGGAAAGAAAAUAUGAGAGAUAGUCAAUCCUUAGAUAAUACAAAUUUCAAAAUCAGAACAUAAAGUAUUUUAAAAAUAUCUUCACAUCCCAUGUUCUAAUUUUGGACUUUGUGUCAUUUAAGCUCUUUAUGAUAGAUUGAGACAAUUCUCUACACAUUUUGAACAUCUUAAUAUAUACUUCUUAUUAUUCUAAUUACACAUUUUUUAUUAUAUUAUACAUUUCUCCAAAAACUUACAUUCAUCUGCAUAUAUUGAUUAUAUUAAGAAGUCAGUAGAUAUAAAUUUCGAAUGAUAUUCUAAUUGUAUUUUUAAGAUAUUUCCAUGAAAGUAAUUUUACCUUGCGAUUAUUUUUAACAAAGAACAUAUAAAGAUAAGAUAUAUUUUAUAGCAGUACUUUUGUAAUCGCGACUUCGUUGAUCCAUCUUGAUAAUGAUUAUUGUUAUGAUUAUAUCUAUAUACACAUACACACACACGCACAUUCUAAGCUUUACAUAAAUAAAUUAUUAAAUGUCUCGAACUCAAAACCGAGAGUCGAUCAA